AUGGAUCGUGCAAAUAAGGCCAUGCGCCAGCGUUUUAUGCGGGUCCAGCAAAAUCUUGGAUUAUCGGAAAAGCGUGAUGAACUACAGCAGGUGCAAGCAGUUGAUCAGAGAAAUUUACGGACGAUCGGUGCUAUUGCAACAUUCCGCAAAAAUUUGGCUACAUGCCUGAAAACUUGCUCAAAGGAAGAUGAUAAGAAAAAGAAAAAAUUGGACGAAUAUGGGCUCGUAACCGAAUUGGGGACAGAUGCCUCGCAAAUGGAUCCGGCCUCUUGUGUGACAAAAGUCAUGAAAAAGAUCAGUGACACGGUGAAUAAAACGAUGGAUGCAAAAAUCCACCUUGAGCAAAAACUCGAGAAAAACGUGAUGGAAAAAUUGAGCAAAUAUGUGGAAUUGGAUAAGUCGCUAGCGAAACUGAAGGAAAAAUUAGCGCAUCUGACGAUCGACGUGGAUUUGGCUGAGAAAUCUUUGAAUAACACAAAACAUGGCGAGGAGGAAAAGCUGAAAGAGUUGCAAGAAAAUCUGGAUAGCUCGAAAAUGAAGCUGGAGACACAUAAGGACCUCACGAUUAUUGAAAUAAAAUGCUCAUCCAUCCCCCGUUUUCGGGUUGAUUUGGAGGAUCAUUUGAAGCGCACAAAUCGGGAUAUUGCGUUGGUGAUUGAAGAAUGCUGCGCCAUGAUCCGGCAUAAUCCUGAAAAAGAAAAAGGAAUGUUUCGUGUCAAUGGAAACGUCAACCGAAUCAAACGGAUGAAAGCGGCUUUCGACGCUUCACAAUAUCAUACAAAUUGGGAAGAAUAUUCAAGGGAUCAACAUGCGGUAUGUUCGGUACUGAAAUGCUAUCUUCGAGAAUUGCCGGAACCGUUGUUGACGAGAGACUUGGUAAAUGCCUGGACGAAUGCAGCCAGUUUACACGGCUCCGCUCGGGUGAAUGCGCUUCAAAAAGUUAUCCACGGUAUGCCCGCGGCAAAUAGAAAUAACUUGACAUAUCUGAUGAAUUUCCUUUCUGAAAUGCUUACAUAUGAGGAUGUUACAAUGAUGAAUUCGGGGAAUAUGGCUAUUGUCUUUGCACCAAAUCUCUUUGUUGGGACGUCGAUUGAGAAUGAUGUUGCCAGUCGGCAGAUUGUCGAAGCACUCCUUGAGAAUGCAGGUCAAUUAUUUGGAUCGGCACACGCAGCAGAUAUUCAUGUCCCAGUGGAUGUGGAUCCAUAUCAGCAUCGACAAUAUGACUACCCGUCAUUACCAAAAACCGGACUUUCCAAUUCUCCUGCGAGCUCCACCUCGUAUGCCUCGAUCUCCUCUGAAAAUUCUCUAGUCAAUCGUUCGCUACCGAGCCCAGUUCAGCAAUAUGAUCAUGGAAAUGCCCUGGCAGUGGACACCAUGGGCAAUAAGAAUAGAUCUGACCUUGAAUCUAUCUUCAGUCCACCUCCCGUUCAACCUACACCUCCAGCUAGACGAAAUUCCACAAAGAACAAACAAGAACGUACCCAUGUCGUCCCGAAUAUGGAAAAAGUAUCUGCGAGCUUUACUGUUCCGCAUUAUCCCCUCGAAAUCGUCAAUGAAUCGAUGCAAAUGACAAGCCCGUAUGACAACGUACCAUCACGAGAUUUGGAUCUGACAUCCCUCGACCUGUUUGAGAAGGAGCUGACGGGCUCAUUUUAUGACUCGAAAAAGCUUGCAUCACAGGAAUCUCUGAACUCGAUGAAUGCAUAUUCCAGCGAAACCGAGACAAAAAAGAUGCCGGAAAAUUUGGUGUAUUCAAAAGUACUCGAACCAACGCUACAAAGCCGCCCAAGUAUUUCUUCUCGGCCCCUCAGCUAUCAUGGAGCAAUUCAGGGCACUUCUACGACACAGCAGGUGCCAGUUAAAGGACGAUUCCCGGUUGUCGAUGUGUCGGGGGCAAAGGAGAAGCCCGCUGAAAAUAGUUCAAAUGUUUCUGUACCACAUCGAGCCCCAAUAUUGCAUGACGCUGAGAAUCGGACGUUAAUCACGUUGGAGAGUACACCGGAACAUGGCCAACGCCCCGUCUCGACCCUAGAACGAACGAAUCGUGUGAAGCCUCCCCUUCCCGCGAAGCCGAAACCUGAUGAGCAUACAAAGCUA